UGGGAGACCAGAUAUAGUGAAUGCAGGGUCCAGGGAGACCAGAUAUAGUGAAUGCAGGGAGACCAGAUAUAGUGAAUGCAGGGUCCUCAGAGAUCAGAUAUAGUGAAUGCAGGGUCCGGGGAGAACUGAUAUAGUGAAUGCAGGGUCCUGGGUUACCAGAAAUAGUGAAUGCAGGGUCCGGGGAGAACUGAUAUAGUGAAUGCAGGGUCCCUGGAGACCAGAAAUAGUGAAUGCAGGGGUCCGGGGAGACCGGAUAUAGUGAAUUCAGGGUCCGUGGAGACCGGAUAUAGUGAAUGCAGGGUCCGGGGAGAACUGAUAUAGUGAAUGCAGGGUCCUGGGAGACCAGAUGUAGUGAAUGCAGGGUCCGGGGAGA